AUGGAGAAUAAAAACAAUGUAACUGAAUUCAUUCUGCUAGGCCUUACACAAAGCCCAGAACUGCGAAAAAUUUUCUUUGUAAUUUUUUUAAUCAUAUAUAUUAUCACAAUUAUAGGAAACAUGCUCAUUGUCAUAACCUUGACUGCAAGCCAGACUUUGAGAUCACCCAUGUACUUUUUUCUAACCUGCUUAUCCAUUGUGGAUGCUACCUACUCUUCAGUUGUUGCUCCUAAAAUGGUUGUGGAUUUACUCUAUGAGAAGACAAUCAUCUCCCUGGAAGGCUGUCUGACUCAACUCUUUGCAGAUCAUUUUUGUGGUGGUGUUGAAAUCAUCCUUCUGGUUGUCAUGGCUUAUGAUCGCUAUGUAGCCAUCUGCAAACCCCUGCACUACAUGACCAUCAUGAAUCCUCGUGUUUGCCACCUGCUGGUGGCAGCAUCUUGGAUAGGGGGCUCCAUACAUGCCACCAUACAACUCCUCUUCAUGGUCCACCUUCCCUUUUGUGGCCCUAAUAUUGUUGAUCACUUUGUGUGUGAUUUGUUCCCAUUACUGAAACUGGCCUGCGUGGACACACAAGUUCUUGGCCUUUUCGUUAUUGCUAAUAGUGGAGUAAUGUGCUUGUCAAUCUUUGUCAUACUAAUUGCCUCCUAUGUUGUGAUCCUCUCUUCCUUGAAGGUUGGUAGUUCAGAAGGAAGGAGAAAGGCCCUUUCUACCUGCAGCUCUCACUUCACAGUGGUGGUCUUGUUUUUUGUCCCUUGUAUAUUCUUAUAUGUUAGGCCAGUAGCCACUUUUCCCAUAGAUAAAGCUGUGGCUGUAUGUGUUACUUUGGUUACUCCUAUGUUAAACCCCUUGAUCUACACCCUUAGGAAUACAGAGGUUAAAAAUGCCAUGAAGAAACUGUGGAUGAAAUGAAUGCCUUUGACCUUUCAGGAAAAGGCAGCUUACCAAAUGAAAAUCAUUCAAAUGCAGCCGAAAGAUGCAAGUGUUUUGAUGGAAUAAUAUUUUAAUCAGUGCACAUAUUCUGUUCACUAGCAAAGAUCAUAAAUCUUUCAUAAAUUUCUAUCCUGACUUUACCCAGGCUAUGUUUUCUUUUUUGCAUAAAUCUUUGAGUGAGGUUAUGUAUGACAUGUUAAGGAUAUGACAAAAGUAAAAUUAACUGAGGCAUGUAGAAUAUUCCAUAUCCAUAGUCUUCCAUCUAUUAUCAUGAUGAUAGUUAAUGUACUCACAGCCCAUUAAGGUUUGCAAAAUGCUUUAGAUACAGUUUCUCUAACCACUUUAUUAACAUUAGCUCAUUUUGCCCUCAAAUAUGCCUCAGAGUUAAGUGCUCUUAUGAUCCUUCUUUUACAGUCAAGGAAAUUUAGGCAGGCAAAGUAUAUAGCUGAUUCCCCCAGGGUUCCACAGAUAGGCAUUGCCUUAUAAAAAUAAAUUAAAAUGGUAUUAUGCUGAUUUAAAUCUAACGUUCUAUCUUUUGUACCACCCACCUCCCUACAGCUAUGUUUCUGAAGAGAAGGGAGAAAGAUGCCUUUCUGCAGGAUCUUUCUGUAAUUAGAGUCAGG